GGGGGGUGGGGGGGGGUGGGCAGCAGCAUUCCAGGAAGAGAGGCUGGGACAGGAGGCAGGACAGCUUGUUCUGAGGUCUCCGGGAAGAUGGUGAAGAUGGGCGGUGAGCCUUGAGGUGGACAGGGAGGCUGGGGCAAGGGUUUGGCUUUUAUCACACUGAGAGCCACGGGGAGCCCGUGACAGUUCUGAGCUCCUGGUGAAGUUCCUGGGAGCACAGUGAGGACUGAUCAGUGUAGGAGAGGACGGUGGGAGUGGAUGGCCUCCAGAGGGAUAUAAGGGAAAGCUGAGCGAACUUGCCAAUGGAUUCAUAAUGUAGGCGAAGGAGGGAGAGGAGCCACUGUGACCCCUGAUAAGCAGGAUGGCUGGGGGUGGGGGGUGCACCAGGAGACUCCUCUUCUGGAGGAAACAUCUUGAGUUCUGUUAAGGACGUGCUGAGUUUCAGGCGUGCCUGUGAACUGCCAAGAGGCAAUGAGCAAGUUGUUGGAACCCAGAGGCUGGAGAGGGGAAUCUGAGAGUUAUCAGCGUGUGGCUUGGAUCUAAAGCCGUGGACAAGGAGGAGGUCACUGUGGGAGGACGUGAAGAAGAGGAGAGGUCCCAGGACCAUGCCUGGGGGAGCGCUUAACAUUCAAAAGCCUAGGAGAGGAGGCUGACCAGGCCAGAUACAGAGAGGAAGGCAGCAGAGUGCCCUGUGACAGGUGAGCGACAAGCCAGCAGGUCCCCUCUUCCCAGAAGACCGGAGCCCGCUGCCGGUGUUAGCCAUGAGGAGGUUGCCAGUGACUUCAGCAAAACCUGAGUUUGCAGGGGUGUAGAUUUGAGGCCUCACUAGAGGAGGGUGCGAGCGAUGUGGGAAGGUCGCCAGUUUUGGGAGAUCCAGCUGUAAGAAGAGGAAAGAUGAUGAGGUAGAAGAUUGGAAGGAGGCAGAGGCGUGGGCAGAUCCGAUGCCAAAGGAAAUGACAUUUACCUUCUGGCCGCACCCAUGUGCUGAGCAGACAGGGAAGACAGAGGUGCAGGGAUGGUGAUGAUCGAAGGGGAGCCUUCCUUAGAGCACAAGGGCGUGUGCCUGCAAUGGGAGCCCGUGUCCUGAUGAAGGACAGAGGGACCCAUGGGCGACGCCCCGGUGACAAUAAUAAUCAGGGAGUGGCGUGGCAGGGAGUUCUGGUUUGGAGUUUGCUGAUCCCCGUGGCGUACUCUCACCACGGCCAAUGUCAAGCUCCCAACCUGACUUCACUGGAGGCACAUUUGACCGUUGGCUCGGGUUCAGAAACCUGCAAUGGGCCACGGGAUCAGGAGCAGGAAGCAGGGAGGGGCAGGAAGGGGCAGCGUCCAGCAGAUGAUGGGCUGCGGGAACGCAGGCCCAGGUAGCCAGGUGCUCCCAAGCUUUCUGCCUGGUGGUAUGAGUCCUCCCCAUCCCUUCCUUACUUCCUUUCUCUCUCUUGGUUUAUGGCUUUUUUUGUUCCCUCCUUUCUUUUCUCCCAUCCUUCUCUUCCGCUCUGUGCUGGACGCUGGCGUAUCAUAGAUGGGCAAAAUGGAGUUCUUACCCUCAAGUUGUUCGUGACUAAUAGGGAUCCCACUCAGGCUCAACUUGGUGCCCAGAGGUCUGGUGAGGUGGAGGAGGCGAGAGGCGUUAGGUGGCUUCUCAGACAUGCAGAGGUCAGGCAGGGACAGAGAAUGAGGUGUUUCUGGCAAAUGAGGGGCACUGCCCAGGCCAAGGUGCUGAGGUGCCCUGGCCAGAUGACGUGCUUCAGCGUGGCUGGGCCCAAGGAGCCAAUGAGGGUCUUUGGGGAGGAAGUAAGUCUGGAGAGAGAACAGGGCCCAGGCCCACCUGGCUUUGCAGGCCCCAUGAAUUUAACUUCAUACAAAGGUGGCCAGGAGCAAUUGUGUUCAGGGACAAGCAAGGAGUGGUGUGGUCAGAUCUGCAUUUUAGAAAAAUAAUUCUGGUUAUAAUCUGGCCCUGGGGGUGGGAGCGUCCAGAGGGGGGACAGGGAGACAGCGAGGAGACUAUGGUGGCCAGGCAGGAGGGGACUGGUGGUGGCCUGGACUGGGGAAGCCAUAGGAGGUGGAAGGAAGGUGAACACAGCUGACGUUUUACUGAGCUGAGUGCUCAGUGUCUGCCAGGCCCUGUGUUCUAAGCACAUUAGACAUAUCGUCUCGCGUACCCCUCCAGUCGACUCUCGGGGCCCCAUUGUACAGAUGAAGAAAAGGCUUGGGGAUUAGAGGAUCAGGUAAGGCAAUAUAAGAGUAGCAAGAACAAAUUGAAGAGCUUGCUCAGGCUUGACAAGGUGGGGGUUGCCAUCCAUGAGACUCUAGCCCUGGACCAGGAUGGGCCAGAGGCUGGAGAACACGAGUUUCAUUUGGACAUGUUGUCUGGGGGCCUUUGUGACAUCCAAGCAGAGAGGUCCCCUGCAGAGUUAGACAUUCAUUCAGGCCUGAGGCUCUGGGAGAAGCCGGGUUGACUGUAAGAGGUUUGGGGAUCCAUGGCUAGAAGCCAUGGACGCAGGUGAACUUGGCCAGGGAGCACGUGGAGAGUGAAGAGAGGUGCAAACACAGGGAGCCCCGGUGUGUGGGGCCAGGAAGGAAGAGCAGUGGCAAAGGAGCAGCUAAGGGGGCCGUCAGAGGUAGGGGAGUCCUGCGGGGCACGAGGAGGCUUCUCAGAGCACAGGGGAGGGGAGACAAGGAAGCAGAUGUUCACGUCAUCCCUCAUUGCACAGACAGGUUGAGAAGUAUGCACUAGAAACAAAGAACAGGGUCACCGUCAGGCCUGCUGGAGUGGUUUUCAUGGGGCAGUGGGGGCCGGAGCCAGAAGGGGACUGAGUGACAGGCGAGGGAGCGGGACCAGACUGGGGCCUGCCUGUCCGCAGCAUGGCCAUGGAGGUGAGGGGCGAGCGGAGGGAGGCAGCUGAGGGCUUACUUACUGUUGAGAAAUGAAGGUUUGCCUUUAGCAUGUCCUAAAAUUUUCCAUUUACAGCCUUGAUUUUAAUUAAUUGGUAGAGCUUCGGUAACUCCAUCCUACUGGGAACUUACAAAGUACAGUAAAACUUCAGCUAGCCAGAAUUCUUGGCAAACGAGCCACUCAGGAAAACGAACAUUUAUUGGCGUGAAAAGAUUUGAAAUAUAGGGUUUCUUUUUAAAAACAUUUUUCGUAUGGAUAUAAUCACAUAAAUAUAUGCAGUAGGGAGAAGACUGUAAUGAACCCCCACAUCCUCACCAUCCCACGUGAACAGUAGCUCCAGACCAGUCCUGUGCCCUCCACACCCCGCUGCCCCCAAACUCUGGGACACUUGGAAGCAAACCCUAGACAUUUUAUCACUUCGUUUGUACAGCUUUGGUACGUUUCUCUAAGAGACAAAACCCUUUUUUAAAAACUGUGACCACAAUACCAUUAUCACGCCUAAAAUCUUUAACAAUAAUUCCUUAAUUUAAUCAAGCAUUCAUUGUUCGGAUUCCCCAACAGUCUCGUUUCCCGCCCCCCCCCCCCAGUUGGUGGGUUAAAAUUAGGCUCCAAACAAGUCCACACAUGGCAUUUAUUUGCUCUGUCUGUUAAGACUCCCCUUCUUCUCUUCGUGUCAUUUGCGUGUUGAGGAAACCGGGCUGCCCAGAGGCAUGUGUGUUUGGGGAUGUGGGACAGAGCUGGGCACCACAGCGGAGCGAGCAGGACGGGGAAGUCCGGGGUUGGCAGGAUGAUGACCAGAUAGUCGGGGCACCUAGCUGCGGGAAGGAGGCAGGAUGUGGAGGCCCGUCCUGAGCAAGGGGAGAGGCCAGGGCUGCUGAGGGCUGGGGCCUGUCCUCAUGAUCCCUGAGGCCUUACGGCUGCCAGAGCUGAAGAGAGGUGGAAAGAUGGCCAGGGCCCAGGAAUGGGGCAGAGCCAGGUGGGCGACAGGUCAGGGGUCAGGCUGGAGAUGAGGAAGGGGCUGGGCCUGAGGUCAGGCCUAGAAGGAACAGGAUGUCUGUUGGGGCUGAAGGGAGAGAGGGGAGUGCCAACAGAAACCAGCUCCUCCCCACCUGGCCCCGUCCCCAGGCCCCUCCCCUGGCCUCCCAGCUGCGGCUCCACUCAGGGGCCCAGACACCAGUUCCCUUCACAAUGCUGGUGAUCAGGGGCCCUGAUCCCUUGUUCUGCCUUCUCCUCCUCCUGCUCGUGGGCCCCCACAACCCCGUGGGGGCCAGUCCUCCUCAGAGAAGGUUUGAGUAUAAGCUCAGCUUCAAAGGACCAAGACUGGCGUUGCCUGGGGCUGGAAUACCCUUCUGGAGCCAUCAUGGAGAUGCCAUACUGGGCCUGGAGGCAGUGCGGCUGGCCCCAUCCAUGCGGAACCGCAGCAGCGCCGUGUGGAGCAGGGCCCCUGUCCCCUUCUCUGCCUGGGAGGUGCAUGUGCAGAUGAGGGUGACCGGGCCAGGGCGGCGGGGAGCCCAGGGCAUGGCCGUGUGGUACACCAGGGGCAGGGGCCAAGUAGGCUCUGUCCUGGAGGGGCUGGCCUCGUGGGACGGCAUCGGGAUCCUCUUCGACUCCUCCACCGAGGAUACCCAGAACAGCCCCAUCAUCCGUGUACUGGCCAGUGAUGCGCACACUCGCUACGAGCCGCGUGGGGAUGCAGCCAGCGGGGUGCUGGGCUCCUGCCGCCGGGACUUCCGUAACCUGCCGAACCCCCUCAGAGUUCGGAUCACCUACUGGGGGCAGAGGCUGAGGGUGUCCUUGAACAGUGGCCUCGCUCCCAACGACUUAGAUGAGGUCUGUGUUGACGUGGGUCCACUGCUUUUGGCUCCUGGAGGUUUCUUUGGGGUCUCGGCAGCCACUGGCACCCUGGCAGAUGACCAUGACAUCCUGUCCUUCCUGACCUUCAGUCUGAGUGAGCCGGAUCCAAAGCCUCCCCCACCGCCCUUUCUGGAGAUGGAGCAGCUCCGGCUGGUGAAGCAGCUGGCAGGGCUUCGGGCAAGGCUGGCCCUGGGCACCAGGGAGGAUGUGAUCCCAAAGCUGAGCUCCGAAGUCCAGGAAGAGGGAUUCUGCCAAGGUCAGCGCCCUGCUCCGUGGACAGAGGACUCUGCUCCAGGACCUGCAAGAGAUGAGGGAUGCAGCUGCCCACGUGGUCUCAAAAGCCCAGCUCUUCUAUCUGCCUGUGGGCACCAAGCAUCAUUUCUCAGAGCUGGCCCAGAUCCUGGGCCUCCUGCAGAAGGACCUUCGGGGCCCACUGAAAGCGGCAGCCAAGAACCGCCGCCCACCUGGCCAACCCCCAGGAGCCUCCUCGUGCCUGCGGCCCAGCAUCUUCUUGUUCUUCCUCCUCAUUCAGACUAUAGGCUUCUUCUGUUACGUGCACUUCAGGCAGGAGCUGGACAAGAGCCUUCAGGACUGUUUGUCCACAGGCAGCCCUCCUCUGUGUCCUGCACCACGCAUUCCUGGGGCCCUGGGGAUUCUGAGGAGGCAGCCUCUCUCCUCCAGCAUACACGCAUGACUCACCUCAAAGCCCUGAAGGAAUCUCCCCAGGAAGUGGAUGGUGUCCAGGGGGUAGCUGGGAGUGGGCUCCAAGUGGGCAAGGACAUCAAGGACUGGUCUGAUUGCCAAAAGACCAGAUACCCCACAAGCCUCGAGCCCUGGACUGUGGAUCAAGAGGGAGUCACAACUGUGGUAAUUCUGUCCCCAGAACAAAGAGUGGAAUCUCCAGGUGCCCCUCUUGGCCCAGCCCAGCCAGCAUCACCAUGAACAACUCUCUCCCUCCCCGCUUCCUGUAGCUCUAGGGGUCAGCAGAGCUGGCAUAGGAGGGAGAACUCUGAGGCAACCCAUGGAGACAUAACCGGGAUUCCCGCUUUCUGGUCUCCCUUUCCCAGCGCCCAGCUCUUUGGGCAGCUGCUGGGGCAGCGGGGUGGGGAGGAUGGUGUAGGGCCCAGGGCUGGAUCUUUGCCCCUUGCUGCCACUUGGAUCUGCCAGCUGAAAUCCUGGCUAUCAGCGACCUGGGAGAGGAGGAGGUGGGGGGAGAGUAGGAAACAGGGUUCUGGACGUGCAUCAGUGCAGCCCCUUUCCCUGGGGAGCGACCCCACCCCGCGCAGGCCCUAAUCCGUUGUUAGCAAUGCCCAGGCGGAGCUUGGCGUUGAAGGAGGCACGUGGGGGAGGCGGGAGUGCGGAGCGGGCACGUGGUCCAGCCUCCUCAGCCCCGUGCAUGCCCCCCGCCCCCCGUGAGGAGGGGUUUGGGGAGGUGGGGGCGGGCCUGGGCGGGGGCGGGCGGCGGGAGGCUCAGAGCGUGGGGCGCGGGCCGGCGGCAGGAGCUGUCCGCGAGACCUAGUGCUGAAGUAGGUGCGGACGUGCCUGGCGCCCGGCGCCCGGUGCCAGGGCCAGCGAAGAC